AUGUUUCAGCGUGGCCCUAGACGUGAAUCUCAGCGAAUUCGGACAAAGAAAAACGGCAUCGACGGAGGUACUCAUCCAUCCAUCCAUGCCGGCCGCUUGGCCGGCAACACUGGUUGGACGAAUCCUUUUAUCGUCACGCAACAGGUCGCAUGUCCAAUCAGGCGCGGAGCUACCGGGCUUGGAGAGGACAUGGGCCGGGGGACGAGUGCCGGCUCUGAAUGUGGCGAGCGCAAUGAGAGGACGGAACGAUACUGGUCUCGUUUUCGUGCUCGCCUCGUCGCGUCGCGAGCGGCAUGUACGGACCGCGAUGAUUCAGAGAACGUUCGCUUCGUUCCAAUCAUCGUCAUUCCUUCCACCAGGGCUGAGGGGCGGUUUUGCAGAGCGGACGAGCGCGUUCCUCGCCGCUCGCUCUGCAACACUUCAGCCGUUGCUGGAACGAAUGUGUGCACGAAAGAAAGAAACACGUACAUAGGGCGGCUACAGCGCACACUGUGCUUCCUCUAUGUUCGUCGUUUCUCUGCAAAUGCAGACCGCGGACAAAAAAACUGCAUUUCAGCGAAAUGUCACGUCCUCCACCAUCGGCAUGGAAAAACCUUUGAACUUUUGACUCAAAUGAGGAACUCGAACACAAAUGCGGACAAGGAAUUGAUGGAUUUUCAUUAG